CACCACUUCGUGCUGCACGAACUGCGACGAGGGCUGCUUACGGGGCUGGUAGGGUCUCGCGCUUGCGAACCUCAUAAACCAGCCUGUCCAGCGCUUCGAUUCGUCGCGUCAAUUGUUGCUGCAGAACGGCGUUUUCUUUGCGCAAUUGCUCCUCUUCGGUUUGUUUUUCGUCGAUUUUCUCUUGGAGCUCCUUCACUUGUUGAUAUUGUUGCUCCGGCGACACGGACACGCCUGGUAACUCUGUAAUGAGUUUCUCAAUCUGCUGGAAUUUGAGCACAAUGUCAUGAGCAAGGUCUCGUUGCGAGACUGAAUCGAGCGAACGUUAGCGACGGAAGAGACGAUGGGAGAGAAGACGCGUAUUACACGCCCAUAUGGAUUCACAUACACGCAAGUUCCUCUGCUGGCAGUGGUUGAACUAAACAAUUUGUUAGUUCUCAAUCGACGCGUCGAAAUGCAAACGCGUAGGGACGUGUCACGCGUACCACACACGCGUCAAAACCUUAUUUCAAGAAUCUACUGUCGCAGACGACGUAGCCUCCGCCACAUACCGUUUGGGUCUGAGAAAACUGUCUGUCCUGGCCAUAAUGGCUCGAAGUUGUGAUGUGAGCUGAGGUAAUGGAUGGACGAGUAAAAUUGAGUCGUCACCUGAGCAAUUUCCGUUGUUAAAAGCUAGUUCGUCCCCGUCAACGUACCUCAUCGAUCGUGUCUUGCAACUGUGUGCAUUUACAGGCCAUGACGGUUCGUAGCACACGCACGGUAAAUAAACCUUGGAUGUGGACGGUUCCCCAGACGGCACCCACAUAUAUCCCACCAAAGCCCACAUGCCGUGCCUUCCCCCCACCCGCGUCUCUUCCUUUUCCUGCAACGCGCUGUAACCUGCCAGCCUCGCUAUGUCGUCUAACUGGGAAAAGCUGCAAAAGACGCUGCUGAAGUCCACAAAGAAGGGACGAGUGGAAAAAAAGAAAAACAAGUCAAAAAUAACCAAUUUCGUGACGAAGAAAGCGAGUCGUACCGACACUUCCAAAAGUUCAGAACAUGAUAUUGCAGCAGCCGUGCUGGCUGAUGCAGAAAAGAAAAAAGACUCCAACGAUUUAAGGUCGUUCGUGGAAGACAAUGACCUGUCUGCUAGCCAAAUUAUCGCUGCAUAUGGAGACGAUGCCUCCGGUCUGGUGAAGACCGUGAAUAUGGACAAGCUUGGCAAGUAUAUUGCUAUGGAUUGUGAAAUGGUCGGUGUUGCAAACGACGUCUCUGUGCUCGCCCGUGUCAGUAUAGUCAACUAUCACGGCCGAGUCGUCUACGAUACGUUUGUUCGUCCAAAAGAACGCGUCCUCGACUGGCGAACAUGGGUUAGUGGUGUCAAGUCGCAUCAUCUACGCGACGCUCCUUCAUUUGAAGAAGCUCAAAAAACGGUGGCAGACAUUUUGGAUGGGCGUGUGCUUGUGGGACACGCAGUGCACCAUGACCUUAAGGCCUUGUUGCUUUCCCAUCCUCGUCGCAUGAUUCGUGACACGAGCAAGUUCCCCGGUUAUAGAAAGCUCGCUAAGGGCCGAACACCGUCUUUGAAAAAACUGACUCAACAGCUUCUGGGCAAGGAAAUUCAGACGGGUCAACAUUCGUCUGUCCAAGAUGCCCAGGCGACCAUGGAGCUCUACAAACGAGUCAAGGCUGAGAUGGACGAGCAUGUUUUGAAGAAACAUGCACUUCAAGCUCGUGCCACGAAAGAGUAAGGUGAGGGUAAGAACUCAUGCUGUUUCUCAUAGGGUUCCUAGAACCACCUCCUCAACCACACACCCUUUCCGUUCAAGCCACCGGUGGUGCCUGCCUGCCGACCUUCCUUUCUUUCUUCCUGUCGUUCUCCUAUACUUUCACUUUCCCAUACCCUCUCCCUCCUCUUCCCUGCUCCGGUAACCCCCGUUCCCCCCACUGGCCCCCUCCCCCAUUUGAGUUCCGCGGUCAUCCCGUGGUGUCACCUCGGCCACUCACCUACUUAACCCACUGCACUUUACCACUACCACUUAGAUAC